AUGAAGACCUCCGCCAUCAUCGCCGUCGCCGCCCAGGCCGCCGCCGUCUUUGCCAACUGCAGCGUCCAGGUCCUCGACGCCAACAACUUCCAGAUCGGCACCGCCUGCAUCCCCAAGGGUGGCCAGGGCUCCGUCCGCUACAACGGCGGCAACUACUUCAUCACCGCCACCUCCAGCUGCGGCCUUGGCUUCAUCAGCACUCAGACCCACCCCGCUGGCUGGCAGCUCAAGCUUCUCGGCAACUGCUAA